CAUGGAUUGUUAAAAAUUAUGCAAGAAAAACAACAAUAAAAGUGUCAAACGUGUUUAGUUACCUCUUUGUUGGUAGUCGAACGAUAAACGAAUUUAUACACUAUUCUAUAUGUGUACCCAACUUGUUUGAUAAGCAAGCCAUACCAUAGUUAAGAUAUCUGUCCCUUCCUGACAACACACAACUUUAAAAGUCCCCGAGCCAUGUUGUACGCCUUUGGUCAGAUGCCGCCCAAAGCGGCAAAUCAAAUUCAAAAAUUCAAUUUUGCCGAGUUGCGAAACUUUGCCCGAAGCACGCUUGUGAUUAGUCAUAAUGAUACUAUUAACAGAAGCAUGAUGAAUGCAGCUGUAGCCCAUCAACUACAACAACGAUACCAACAGCAGCAAAAACAGCAACAACAACAACGACUUCUACCUCAUUAUCAUCAACGAUGCGGUCUACAAUUUAAACAGGAACUUCUUCGCCCGAGGGUUCAAAGUACCAAAUUAUCAGUCCGUGGCAUUCAAACAGAGGCAAUGUCAGUCAGCAUGUUCUAUUCCAUGUACGCGUAUCUCUCGCAUAUACCUCGUCUCCAUGCGCUUGGUAUUGCGAUAUUCGCUUAUGUCGUGUAUUACCUCAUUCAGGUGGUAAAGCGACCGAUUAUUGCCUGCUCUGAGGGACCAUUCAAGAAGUAUCUGAUACGCAAGAUGCCCACGCUGGAGAACAAAUAUUGGCCAACUUUCUGGUGUGUGGAAAGUCGUGCUCAGACAGUUCUUGCGAGCCUGCUGCGCUCCCAGAGCUUGCCGCGCGUCAACUACCGCAGAGAAAUUUUGAGCCUCAAGGAUGGCGGCGAGGUUGCUCUGGACUGGAUGGAAGAGGGCUGUGACGAGAGUGCUCCCUGUGUGCUAAUAUUGCCCGGACUGACAGGCGAGAGUCAGGCGGAGUACAUCAAGUGCCUAGUCUUUGCUGCUCAACAGGCUGGCAUGCGGGUUGUUGUAUUCAACAAUCGCGGUCUUGGCGGAAUCGAACUGAAGACGCCACGACUUUACUGCGCUGCCAACUGUGAGGAUCUAUGUGAGGUUGUGCAACAUGUGCGACGCACGCUGCCCGCCCAUUGUAAACUGGGCGCCACCGGAAUAUCCAUGGGUGGCCUCAUACUCGGCAACUAUUUGGCACGCAAGAGUGACGAGGCGCGUAUCAAUCUUUCGGCUGCCAAGAUUAUAUCGGUGCCUUGGGAUGUGCACAAAGGCAGCGACAGCAUUGAGAAGCCAGUCAUCAAUAACUUGCUAGGACGUCAUCUUGCGGGUAGCUUGUGCCGCACUUUGCGCAAUCAUUUGGAGGUCUACAGAGAUAUCUAUCAGGACUCUGACAUAGAUAUACAACGCAUACUACGUUGCAAGACGAUUAAAGAGUUCGAUCAGCUGUUUACGGCCAAGCAAUUUGGAUACGCCCAUGUUAAUGAUUACUACGCGGAUGCCACACUGCACAAUAAGUUGGAUCACAUUUCGGUGCCAUUGCUCUGCUUGAGUGCAGCUGAUGAUCCGUUCCAGCCAUUGGAUGCCAUACCCAUUAAGGCGGCCAAUCAAUGCACUCAUGUGGCAAUUAUAAUUACAGCCCGCGGCGGUCAUAUCGGUUUCCUUGAGGGCUGGUGGCCAUCAACCAAAGAUCAGUACAUGUGCCGGCUAUUCACCGAGUACUUCACCAAAGCGCUCUUCGACGAGGAUGGUGAAUUUGAAAGAACCGCCAACAAAAUGCAUGAGCAUUUUCUUGCCAAACGCACUGUUGAGCUGGGCUCAGAUGCUAAUGUGCCACCAGCAGUUCUUUUGGUGGACAAACCGGUCGAGCAGCUGGAGCACAAGGUGAAGCUGAUGUAGAAUGGCAACGGCCAAACACAAGAAGCAUCAAAAACAACUUAUUAACUAGAUAUAUAUAUAGAAAAUAUAUGUAUUCCGAUUGCCAGUGUUGUAGAGUUUAGCUGGAGACUUGUGAUACUAUGAAUUGAACAAUAAUCCAAUGGGUUAAAUUGAACUUGUACUUGAACAAUGUAACUAAUUAGAUAUUCAACAUUUCGACAGCCGUUAGAAACUAUACCAAAAUUAUCGCUAGAGCAAAAAUAUUAGUCACAUAUCAAAUUGGAACAGUGAACCAACAAAAGCUUUAUAAUUAAUGAUAAUAAUAAUACAUAAAAAUAUUUAUACUUUAGUAGAUUAAUCGCGAACGGAAAAGUAAUAACUAUGACACAGAACAAUAAUCUUACUCAAAACAUCUAUUUUUUUAAAAUUCAAUAUAUAUAUAUUUAAU